CGGCGCCGUGCCGCCAUGCCGCCCUCCGCGAUGCCGCUGCUGCUUCUGCCGCUUCUGCCGCUGCUGCUGGAGGCGCUGGCGGUGCCCGGCCCGGCCACAGCGGCGGCGGGGGGCUGCGGGCCCUGCGAUCCGGCGCGGUGCCCGGCGCUGCCGGCGCGGGGCUGCCCGCUGGGCCGGGUGCGGGACGCCUGCGGCUGCUGCUGGCAGUGCGGGCGCGGCGAGGGCGAGGCGUGCGGCGGCGGCGGCGCUGCGGGGGGACGCUGCGCCCCGGGCCUCGAGUGCGUGAAGAGCCGCCAGCGCCGCAAGGCCAAGGCCGGCCCGGCGCUCCCCGCCGCCGGCCCGCCCGGCGUGUGCCUCUGCAAGAGCCGCUACCCGGUGUGCGGCAGCGACGGACUCACCUACGGCAGCGGCUGCCAGCUCCGCGCCGCCAGCCUGCGCGCACAGAGCCGCGGCGAGCCCGCCAUCAGCCAGCGCAGCAAGGGAGCCUGCGAGCAAGGACCCUCCAUCGUGACUCCUCCUAAGGACAUCUGGAAUGUGACAGGAGCACAAAUCUACCUGAGCUGUGAAGUCAUUGGCAUCCCAACCCCUGUCCUCAUCUGGAACAAGAUAGUUCGAGGACAGUAUGGUGUCCAGAGGAUGGAGCUUCUGCCUGGGGACCGGGAGAACUUGGCUAUCCAGACCCGUGGGGGCCCUGAGAAACACGAAGUGACUGGCUGGGUGCUGAUAUCUCCUCUGAGCAAAGAGGAUGCUGGGGAAUAUGAGUGCCAUGCAUCUAAUGCCAAAGGAGAGGCAACAGCUUCUGCGAAAAUCCACGUUGUGGAAACUCUGCAUGAAAUAGCCUUGACCAAAGGUUGAUGAUGGUGCAGAGCUGUGAUGUGAGGACUUUCACUUACGCACAGUUUUAAAUUAGUAUUUCGGAAAGCUGCAAGCUCUGGCUUUUUCUAGCUGACUAACCAAUCCCUCUUAACUCCCUUUUUCUGUGAGUCCCAAUUUGCUUGCACACUUCUUUCACAGAUACACAAAUAGAAUCACAAGUUUGAUUACAAAUUUUAAUUCUAUUUACAAGAAAUAAACAUACUUUUGAACAGCA